GAAUGUGUUUUGUUUUUAAUUUAAUUUAUUUUUAAUAAAUAACAUGUCAUUAACUUAUUUCUAAAUAAAAAUGUCUAUACCGCUAUAAAGUAUUCGUCAAAUAUGCACAACACUCGAUAUUUUUUAAUGGUAAGCUUUGCGUGGCCACUAGUGUAUUUAUAAGAAGCCUAAUUUAAUAUAUAGAGUAUUUCAGGUGUAAGCCGAAUUAAAAUACCACAUGUAUGGACCAAUCUACUCGUACAUACAUAGCUUAACUUUACUGGUAGAAAGUGGGAAAUCAAUGUAUCGAGUUCAAAGUCAGAUUGAAAGCUAAACUGAAUAUACUAUACUUGUAUUAAGGAUAGGGGAAAAUGUAUUCUAACGGUCAGAAGCACACAGGACUAUAUUUCUAUUGCACUAAUAUAUGAGACCUAAUGUCAGCCAGGAGUGCAUAAAUGACAAUUAUUCCAUUACAACGCAAACAAAAAUUGUCUCAAAAUUUCUACAAUUAAUAAUCGAGAAGUAUAAAUUAUACACAACUUUCCUGACAAAUUUUAUGAAAUCUUGUCCUUUAAUUAGAGAUAAUUUGAACGAAAUAUUACCACAAUAGUGUCCGUGUCCGAUUAGACGAAAUGCUUUUGUAUGAAAAUAAUAGUGAAAGCGUUGUGUUCAUAAAAUUUGUCCAGUUGUAGGAGACGUCCGGCUGUGAGUACUGUUCGUAAUAGGGAAUUUCACUGUACAUAUGUAUAUGAGCUAUUCAAGCCCACUUUUCGAUGACGUAUGCCAAAUAUUAACGUGCAUACGUAUUUAUUUAUUUUACAACAAGGCUUAAUAUUUUUAUUUUAAUUUUACGGAUACUGUUUGUUAACACAAUGUAUUGAAAAUUGAUCGUACCGGCAUGCAAAUAAUUAUUUAUACAAACAUAUAUAUAUAUAUGUGGGAUUGACAGAUGAACAUGGGACAACAAGAAGUGAAUGGGCCUUUUAACGAUUGACGUUCUUCUUCUUCUCCUUUACUGGCAUAGACAUCGCUUAUACGAUUAUAGCCGAGUGAAGGGUUUUCGUCCAUACGUACGACAUGACCUAGCCAGCGUAGCUGCUGUCACUUAAUUCGAUAAACUAUGUCAAUGUGCUCGGAUAUCUCAUACAGCUCAUCGUUCCAUUGAACACGAUAUUCGCCGUGGCCAACGGCCAAAGGACUAUAAAUCUUUCGCAGAAUUUUUCUCUCGAAAAAGUCUCAACUGUUGUCAUCGUCCAUGCCUGGGUUCCGGGCCAGGGCGAAAUCGCAGGUAAUUGCAAAGCUGGUGCGCUGGCAAGGAAAGGUAUCCUAGAAUCAUUAUCGAUAGAAUUGGAACGGGUUAGUGCUCCCGCAUCCUCUCGUGUUCUACUACUGAAUAGCUGGGCCUAGCGGAUGCUUCGCCAACGCUAGACCAUUAUUGGUACUGGCGCAGUCGCAAAAGCCUUUUGGCCCAAGAUUGAUCGCAGGGGAUCUAGCGAUCUCUUUGUCCUCAGUAAGGCUAGCCUCUCCCAAGUUGUGGGGCUUUUAACGGGCCAUUACCUUAUUAGCGUACAAGCUGUAAGAUUCGGAAUCUUAUCAGACGCCGUCUGCAGAAGCUAUUUGGAAGAAGAUGCAGUAGAAACAACUCAGUACUUCCUUCUUGACUGUCCCGCGUUUGGGAGGUCAAGAUUUAGACACUUAGGAGCGCAUACCUUCAGACAUCCCACCGAACUGUCGGGUGUUGAAAUUAAGCACCUUUGCAAAUUUGUAUUGGCUACUAAGCGUUUGGCCAAUCUGUAAGUCCGAACACAGGAGUUCUUAUAUUCAAUGGCUUCGCAAAGGACUACAUUUAUCAGUCCACGUGCCAUCUUUGACCUGCCAUCUUACCUAACCAUGCCUUACUUACGAAUAUAAUAACAUAAGGACGAAGAUUAUGACGGACGGUAGGGCGAAUGUCGACGAGCAGACAGUCGUUUUCUGGUCGUCAAACUGAAAAUAUUCUGUUUUACGAGGGCUGCUAUAUAUAUUUCUGGCCUAGGAAAAACUAAGUGUUGCCAAGUGCAUUCUGGUUGUUCGUGGAAAAAGCACUUCGAAGCAAAUGGUCGCCUGUUUCUUCGGCAAAACUGGUCAUGUGGCGACUGUUCCUCUUGAGCAACGUAGGAUGGCCAAUUCUGAGUGGUACACCACCAUUUGUUUGCCUGAAGUCUUCGGAGAAAUUCGAAAAACGAACAAGAGAAGACGAAUCAUUGUGCACCAUGGCAAUGCGAGCUCUCCCACAUCGGUUCAAACCAGCGCCUUUUUGACCGGCCAAAACGUCGAAUUGAUGGGUCAUCCGCCAUACAGCCCUGACUUGACACCCAAUGACUUCUUUUUAUUCCCACACAUCAAGAAAAUAAUGCGUGGUCAACGAUUUUCGUCGCCAGAAGAUGCUGUUGAAGCAUUCAAAAACCAUGUUUUGGAGGUGUCUCAAUCGGAGUGGAAAAAGUGCUUCGAAAAUUAGUUUGAGCGCAUUCAAAAGUGUAUAAAUCUUGAUGGAGAAUAUUUUGAAAAACAAUAAAACCAUUUUCGUUGAUAAAUAUUCCUAUUUUCAUUAUUAGGCUAGAAAUAUAUAUAGCAGCCAUCGUAGUAUCGUUUUUAAACAUUACUAAAUUUGAUUGAAACUAAUGUCUAAAAGUUAAAAUAAACCUACAUUUGGGAGCUCGUCCAGGAUUGAAUUUAUAUCAACCGGAGAAAUUAUGCUGUAAUUUUCAAUAUUGUAGCCGCUUUCGUAAUAUAUACAUACUAUGAAGAAACAUUUGUGCUGUAACAACACGAUUUUCUUAAUCGAAAAAGUAUUCAGUGGUAUCAACCUACGAACAUAAGUUAAAGACGGAGAAGACGGAAACUCUAAUAAGAAGAAGUUGAGGUAAAGUAGUUAAACAAAAGCAUACGUGAAAUUACAAGAACACAAAAUAAGAGGCAAACAAAGAGGGUAACACGAAGUUUAAGGUAAAAAAGUUCGUUGUAGAAAUUAACCUAGACAAAGAAAGUAAGACAAAAUGAAUAUUAAAGAAUAUCAAAAAUCUGACUAUUGAGCUAAUAUACUAGUUUGAUCAAAUUAAAAGGUGAAAUUUCAAUUUAUACUUCAUGUGUUUUGAGAAUCGGUAAUUUUUUUCUGUACGUUGGUAAUACUGUUAGUUACAUCUAUGCUUAAUUUCACGUCAAAAUAUUUAUUAGUAUUUGUGAUACGCGUCGUUUUCUGAGGCUAUAAAAGUGAUUUCUUCGCUUUUUAGGAUGUACCAUCUCAUACUGCAUUGGUUAUUCGCGAUAAUUUCGCCACAUUUUCAACUAAUAUCGUGUCGCAAAUUCGUUGGAAUAAAUGUAUUUCAGCGGGAAGGAUUACUUUGAAGAAGAUGAAAUGGACAAAAUCACAGUAGAACUCGUUUGAAGUUGCAAAUUUGCGGCAAUGACUUUCAGCAAUAAUAAAAAAGGGAACAAUGCAAAGAAUCAUUAUAUUAAUCAAAUUUAUAGUUCGUGCUUACGAGGGAUGGCCUUAGCAUUAAAAUAUAGAAAGGAUUCUCAGCCGAUAACCUACUUUUCUGCUCAUUCUCCAUCACUUUCUAUAUUAAUGCAAAGUAAAACAACGGUGUUGCGGAUUUGGACAAUCAGCAUACUCUUUGCUGUCAUUUGCCCAUUACAUUUAGUUCAUUGCACCGAUCCCAAAUUUGAUUCAUCGACAAGAAUGCGACUUGUUUUAGUACCGGCGGAUGCGCAAGUUGGAACUGUGAUUUAUCGAAUACGUGCCACGGACGAAGAGUUUGACUAUCCACUUACCUUUGAACUUAUAGGCGAUUCUGCAUCAGCUACUGUUAAAAUUGAUUCGCUUCCAUGUACUAAAUACAAUUCCGUUUGCCAAGCAAAUGUUGUGUUACAGCGACGCUUAGAACCGGGGCGCUACUAUGACUUCCAGGUAUCCGUAAAGGACACAAAAGGAGGAAUGGCUAGCCAAUUGUGUUCUAUUACUGCUACUAAUUUCACAACACCACAUGACCUCAUAUUUCCGCACAAGCCGGGGAUAAUAAUGAUUCCAGAGGAUGCAAAGCGUGGAACAGAAUUGGAUUAUGUAAUUGCUCGCAAAAAUCCGCUUUUUCAAAAACCAGUUUACCUUGAGUUAUGGGGCUCUCAACUUUUUGCCAUAAGACAAAAAAUUGUUUCAGCAGAAACUACAGAAGGUACAGUGUUUUUGCUAGGACCACUUGACUUCGAAAAACAAGCUAUGUACCAUUUAACCAUAUUGGCUAAUGAUGCUUACGCUGAACCCGGCCAAGACAACCGCAACAUUGCUGGACUCGAACUAGUAGUGAUUGUUCAAGACGUACAAGAUCAGCCACCUGUAUUUACAUCAGCAUCACCUGUGACUAAGCUAACAGCUGGUAUUAUCCCAGGCGAUAAGAUUCUCCAAGUACAUGCCGAAGAUGGUGACAAAGGAAGACCUCGUGAAGUUCGAUAUGGUCUUGUUUCCGAAGGAAAUCCCUUUACUUCUUUUUUUGACAUAAACGAUACAAGUGGCGAAAUAUUUUUGAUGCGGCCACUGGAGGAAAUCGCAGCUAUCACUCAUGUUGGAGAUCCUGUUUUACUCACCGUGAUUGCUGAAGAAGUUAAAGUUGGACGUGAUGAGCCCCCAUCUAUGGCUUCAACAGUACAAUUGGCUUUGUUUUUACCAGAACGGACAAAUUCUGCACCUUAUUUCGAGAAUGAUCACUACGUUUCAAGAAUUGAUGAAAAUGCCCCGCAAGGUACUGCCCUUACAUUUGCCGACCCAUAUGUUUCUCGUGUUUAUGACGAUGAUAUCGGUAAAAAUGGAGUGUUUUCAUUGACUUUACUCAAUAAUAACGGAACAUUUGAAAUUUCCCCGAAUGUUGCUGAACGGAGCACUUCAUUUCUCAUACGCGUACGAGAUAAUAUUCUCUUAGACUAUGAAGAACGUCAUUUUGUGCAAUUUCAAAUAUUAGCUCAAGAAUUGGGACCAUCUACAAAUCUUUCAACUACUGUCAAUGUCAAUGUAUAUAUAAAUGAUGUUAACGAUAACCCACCCAUAUUUGAGCAAUCUAUGUACACUGUUGAGCUGCCAGAAAAUAUGACUGCCGGAACAAAAGUUAUCCAAGUUAAAGCUACCGAUAUAGACACGGCUGAUUUAAGUGGACGUGUACGAUACACAGCUAUUUUGGGUUAUUUAAACACGUCAUUAAAUUUAAACGCGGACUCAGGACUUAUCACAGUUUCCACUAAUAAUCACGGGUUCGAUCGUGAAGUAAUGCCCGAAUAUCAUUUAUACGUAGAAGCACGGGACAAUGAUGGUAGAGGUAAUCGUGCCCAAGUGCCAUUGAUUAUAAAAAUUAUAGAUAUCAAUGAUGAAACUCCAAUUUUUGAAAAAGAGUUGUACGAAUUUAUACUAUCUCCAGACUUGAAAUCCUUCACCUCUGUAGCCAUUAUUCACGCCAUAGAUAAGGAUGCAACAUCACCUAACAACGAAGUGCGAUAUGAAAUAGUUAAUGGAAACUACGAAAAUAAAUUCACUUUGGAUAAAAUAACUGGCGAGCUAACUGUGCGAGGGAGAAUUACAUUUCCAAUAAAAGCACGAAGAAAGCGCCAAAUAUUAUCUCACAUUGAUGAGGAUAUGUUGUUUCUAACAGCGCGAGCAUAUGAUUUAGGGGUACCUGUACGUUUUAGCAUCACAAACAUUCGUAUAUAUCCGCCAGAAAGUCGAACACGAACUGUAACUUUUGUAGUUCCAGGUGAAAGUCCUGAUAAAGUUAAAACAGAAGAAACACUUUCUACCAUAACAGGAGGAAAAGUAAUAAUACAUGAUAUUAGACCUUUACAACCAGACGAACCCGGUGCCAAAACAAUUACCGGGGACAACACGGAUACGAUGAGAAGAAGUGUCGUAACAGCUACCGUUCUUUAUGAUAGCAAUUCGGUUGUAGAUAUAUCGCAGAUACAGCAACGUUUAUCGCAACACAAUAGUUCCUAUGCGAUAAUGAAUGGUAGCGAUCCAGUAGCGACAGACAUUAUUACUCCUUUACAGACUCUAUACAAAGCCGAAAAUAAAUUACUGUUCUGGCUGCUUAUAUUUUUAGCAACUUUAGUCGCGUUAACAAUUCUCAUACUUUUGCUAUGUUGCAUUUGUUCGUGGUGCCCAUUAUAUGGAACCGCAAGCAAGAGAAUAGUUAAUAUCAUUAAAACUGAAGACGAUGUUCACCUAGUGCAUAGGGAAAUGGCAAAUGGAAAACAAGCAAAAUCUGUUCAGGUCGCUGAAUGGAUGGGACGCCGAGAGGCCUGGUCCGCCGAGAAACCAACAGAUUCGCGAACGAGACCAACACGCUGGGAGUUUCACAAUGGACGCGACCACUUUAACGAAAACGACGUUCAGGCAGCGUUGAACAACAAUGAGGGAAAUCGCCGUAAGCGUUCAGCAGAAGAGCAACGAAGGAACAACCGCACAGCCAAAGAUGAUAUAUUUUACAAUUCUAGAACCAACUUAAUAAAUGAUAAAGACGUUUAUAUAGAAGAUGUAGGAGAUGAGAGGCAACUAACAAUAACAGAACAAGAUCAUUUUCAGCGAAGCAAAGAAGUACAAAAAGCAUCAAAACAUCUCCAAGGAAUUGACAACGAAAUCAAACAAGUUGAUGAAGAUUCUGUACGUCGCCAUGAAAUUGCACGCGGCAGUGAUAUUGAAUAUAACAUAGCUCGAAGCAGUUUAAGAAAUAAACGGGAAUUUUUCAUCAAAGACGGAAAUAUUGAAAUACUGCAACUUAUGACUAGAGGCAGAACUGAUGAGGAUGUUGCAGUAGUGGAUGAUGAAAAUAACAUUUAUGUAAAUUUGCCAAUGAAAUCAGCGACUGUCUCUCAGCCGCAAUUGGUAAUGUUGGAUAAUAGUGGAAAAGAAAUUUUAAUGCGCCGUUUUAUUGAGGAACAGCCUGAUGGUAAACAGAUAAUACGUGAGCAUUACCAAAUAGUUCCUGGUGCCACUUAUAUACAGUCUUUGCCAAAUGAAAUUGACCACAACCACUCCAUUUUGAAGGGAGAAACAUUCGCUACCUGCAAAUCGGGUCCGAAUAGUAUAGUUUAUUCACAAACCGAGCCUGAAGUAAAGGUAAUACAUACACAGCCUAGUCAAGGUGUGAUGCAGUUGCAAACUGAGGGUUUCAUAAGUCACAUCCAGCCAUCAAUAUCAAAUCAAUCAUUAACACAAGAGCUUGAAUAUUCUUUAAAGCAACAAAAUAUACUACUGCGUCAAAUAUUAAUGGAGAAAGAAAAACUAGAAGCCAACGGUGCACAGCCAGAAGUUGUAUUAGAAACACAAAGCCUUCCAGGUCACUCUGUGGCGAUUGCAACACAAACGGAAUGUGAGGUGUGUACACAGACAGACAAUAAUAUUGAAUUUCCUGAAAAAACGUCUGUAUAUGUGCAAGGAAGGCCAACACGACCCAAAGCUCGCAGCGAAAAUGACGAUUCCUUGACCGAAGAUGAAUAUGAGUAUGUACAAUAUAGUCCUCCAGAAAGUACAGUAGGUCGAUUCUGGAUAAAACGUAAGAAACAAAAAAGGCGUAGUAAAUAUCGCAAUAGUAUACAUCCCAGAAAGAGAAUUGUUAUGGUAGAAGAAGUUAAAAGAAAAAUACGUACGCCCAUUAAGGAGGAAGAUGAUGAGGUAUUCGAGUCGAAUAAACGUAUUCCACCCAAAAAACCUCUACGUAAACAUGCUGAAACAAAAACCAGUGCUCUUAGAGGUAAGAACUAUAUAGAAAGGCAGAAUAAUAGUAAUUCAAUACAACGAAAAAGUCCCACAGUGAGUCCCGAAACUUUAAUAAUGGCUAACUCCUUAGGUGAUAGAAGUAGAACUCCAGAUCAUUAUCGAACAAUGGGAGUUGACGAAUUCGAAUACUAUUCAACAGACAACAACGAAGUCGAUAACUGUGACUAUAAUAAUGAAAAUGAUUAUUCCAAUGAUUCUGAAGCUGAGGAAAUUAUUGUUAAAAGAAAUAUAUUAACACCCCAUCAUUCGGAACAAAAACAUUCUGAUAUAGAUAUUAAUGAUAAAACUUUCUGUAAAAUACACUUAAAAGACGAGCGAUCUACUCAUAAAAUGCCGGAAGCCAAUGCCAGAGAGUCACGUAGGCCAACGUUAAAAGGACGGCAUCGGUCGCAAAGUUCAUUGGAAAUUCUACACCGUCGAAUGGAUAACGAAAAACACAUGUUUUCAUUGGCUAAGACAAAUCAUGCAGCUAAAGAGCGUGUUUAUCAAAGUGCAACCAAUUUGAAUCAUCAGAACGAUCAAUAUGAUGACGGGAAAAUUACUGAUAAAUCUGUUCCAAAAUACAUGGAGUGGUAUUAUGGCAAAUCAAAAAAUUUAAAUACCAAGCCUGGGUCCGAUACUUUGACAUUGACUGUUUCAAAGAGAAAAAGAAGUGUAACGAAAACACGUUUAAGCUCAAAUGCCGAUUCUAUUCCUUCUGAAGAUGGAAAAAGUAGACCCGAACCUGCACCAAGAAAAUCCCCUCAAAAAAAUACCAGACUCUUGAAAGAAGAUAUUGUAAUGAAUAAACAGCAUAAUCCAAAAAUUGAGGCUGGUUCUAGCCAUCCACUUUUACAACAUUCAGAGCAUAGAUUUGAGCGCGAAAACGCGCCGGAGGUCCCUUUACCACCAACAAAAUUACCACAUUACAUGUAUCCCGAGACUCCGCCAUUUGUUGUUUCUAAGAUGGCGAAAGUAAAACCUAAACCGUCGCCUAUUAAAGAGAAUGAAGUCAAAGUUACAACAUCGAAAAUUAACCCAAAUCCAAAUUCUGUCCACUCGAAUCCAAAAAUUAUUACGCACCAACUCUCUCAAAAACAACUUAAUGUAUCUACAUUAGAAGAUGAUCACGAUUCCGGAAUUGCAAUGAAUUCUUUGCUAAAUAAUACGGGUCGGAGAAAUCCUAUUGCAGAUAAAAAAAGUGUAUUUUCAAUUGCAUACGAUGAUGUUAGCCGAGUGAAGAAAAUUACAUCGGGAGGAGAAUCACCACAAUAUUCAUAGAAAUCGCGGAUGACCACAAAAAUAGUACACAAAUAUUUAUAUAGGAAAAUUAAAAUAAACUCGGUACUACUGUAUGUGUGAUACUCUCCGUUCUUCAUUUUACGUAUACCAUAGUUGAAAUGCAAUGAAGUAAUCAUUUAUGGUUUAACUCGAUAAUGUAUGAUGUUGAAAUUUUGAAAGCAAAAAUUGUUUUUUCUUUAUUGCUCACUUCUUUCUGAUAUUAAACUUUUUACGUUCCUAUGGUCAAUGAAAAUGGUGACAAACCCAACAUUAAUUAAUAAAAUUAAAUACCCAAAUAUAUAAUUUGAUUAGUGUAUAUACUUAUAGCAGAUACAUAUUACCAUACAUAAAAUAUUUUUAAAGAAAAGAGAUUACAAAUAUGUGUAUUUGCAAAUCGCUCUCGAUAUUUAUUGUAAAUAGUAAAAUCUGCAAUAUGAUCCUUACAAAAAAACUUUAUUUAUUUAUAGAUUCAUAAAACGGAAGUUUAACUUUUAUAAAUUAUGAUUUGAAAUGAUAUUUAGAAGACAAUAUUAUUAUUGUAAAUUAACAUUUUGUACUAUUUCUAAACAAAUAUACUAUACAUAUAUAGAUAGUGCAUUUAGAGAUAAAUAUGUGAGUGCACUCUAUUAUGGGAAUAUAGUUACUACAUAUGUAAGUAUGUUUGAAUUAUGACUAAUAAAAUGGAUCAAUCCGAGAACACUUUACAACCGCAUUUACAUAUUACUUAUAUGAUCAGUAUUUACGGAAAUUAGUUGUACGAGUAUACCUUGAAGUAAAAAGUGAAUAAAUUGUAAGAUUAAGUUAAGAAAUAUAUAAUAUAUAUACAUUAUCGAUACAAGUAUAUACACACAUAAUACGUAAAAGCUUGUAUACUAGUUCUAAGCUCUUAAUAUCAGUUAUUAUUUCAAGAAUAUAUCGUCACCUGAAAUGCAAAAUAACGUAACAUCACUUUUCGUAGGUUUACAGGAGAAGCAAAAAACCGCAUAAAAAGAAAACCACUAGAGAUAUUGAAACAAAAUUUGCAAAUCUGAAUUAACAUGAAACUAUAAGUAUAUUUUAGAAAAACAAUAAAGAAAAAAUAAGCAAAUUUUAUAGAUGAGGGCGCAUACCUAUAUCCCACCGAACUGGCGGGAAGCGUUUUGUUAAUUUAUAAGUUCGAACACAGGAGUUCUUCUUUUCUAUGGCCUCACAAAGGGCUACAUACAUAUAUGUAUAUUAGGGUGCGCCAUUCUGAGGCAACCUUUUUUUUUCAACUGAAAAACAGGCUCAAAACUUUCGAAAAUGUGUAAAAAAAAGUCACUCAAUAGAUGAGCUUCUAAUAUUAAUAUUAAGAGGUGCAUAUUUCAAAUUUUCUGUUUUCCAUAUAAAUUACAUAGAAAAAAAAUCAUUUUUUUUUCUUGUGGUGGUUAUUGUGCGGAGGUUUUAUAUGUGCCCCGAUGGCUGCCAGUAGGGAUGGUUAACUCGAUCCCGAUUCUACUCGCGAAUCGAGUUUUCUCGUAAAAUAAUCGAUUUUUCGGAAUCAAUCUCCAGUAGUCGAAGUCGAUUAAAAUCAAGUUAGAUCGAGUUUACCAUCCCUACUGGCAGCUAUCGGGGCGCAUAUAAAACCUCCGCACAAUAACCACCACAAAAAAAAUGAUUUUUUUCCUAUGUAAUUUAUAUGGAAAACAGAAAAUUUGAAAUAGGCACCUCUUAAUAUUAAUAUUAGGAGCUCAUCUUUUGAGUGACUUUUUUUAACACAUUUUCGAAAGUUUUGAGCCUAUUUUUCAGUUGAAAAAAAAGGUUGCCUCAGAAAGACACACCCUAAUGUAUAUAGUAGUCCACGUCCGAUCAACCAUGUAGCUUAAACUAACCAAAGCACAUUGAACUUAAUCACUAAAAAUAAACAUAAACAAUAAAUGAAGGCUAACUUCGAUAUAGAAAAAAAACAAACACUCUGUUAUAUUAUAUUUACAUACAUACAUGAGUGAUGAUACGUUAUUUUGUUUAACGAAAUCAAGCAGUUGAUGAUACGUUUUUUUGAAUUUUUAAUAUAGCUUGGGUAUAUGAUGUGGUGAAUCGUAUUCAGUAAAAAACUCAAUUUUGAAUUUUUUGAUGAUACGUUAUUUUGCAUUUCAGGUGACGAUAUAAACAUUUUUUUUUUAAUAUUUACACUUUCAAAUUUUUUUCGUUCGUAAAUGUAUCUUUCAUAAAAAACAUAUUGUAAGACACCGCUAAUAUUCAAAAACUCUUUUUUUUACGUAUCCACAAUGUUGAAAUGUCUAUAAUUUUAACCAAGUGUGUUGGAUAUAAUUUCUUUCAUUAUUAUUUUAAUCAAAUAAAAACAAUUUUAGAAAUAAUCUAUCAGUAAUUUACAUAUUUAGUGCACAUUUAUCCAAUUAAAAGUUAAAUGAUAAUUGUCCAUUACCAACGAUCUGAUAGAAAGAUACUCCUUAAUAUUUAUAGUAUUGAAAUGUACAAGGUUCUUUGUAUAAUAUAUAAAUCCUGCCAUACCAUCUUGUCAGACGUAUUAACACAAAAAUAAAAAGAUUAUAAAUAUCAUCACCAAUAAA